AUGGACCAGUUUGGACAGGAAGAUGAUUUGAAGCCGUCGGGUCCGGACUUUGAUCCGCGACCGUGUGCAACCCUGAAGCCUGGACCAUCUUAUCUACCGUCCAUCAUCUUCCAAGUUCGAGUGUCCCUCAAGAACACACAGUCGGACCACGUAGAGACACCCAUUCUACAACCUCAAAAACUCUACUCUACACUCCAAUCCAAUCUAGUUCUCCUCCCAGACUUGGUACCAGUCCCUACCUACACAUCACACUUGGCACCCCCGUCCCAGCCCAUUCCUCACUCACAUCAAUAA